UAAGAAGCCAGAGCAGCAUGAAGCUGCUCUGGCUGGUCGCUGCCGCCGGAGGCGCAGGCCUCGCCACAGGCCUCGCGCCCCCCGGCGCCUUGUUCCUAGGCAUCGACCUGAGCACGCAGUCCUGCACGGCCGUCGUCGUCGACGGCCGCCUCGACGUCGUGCACCGCCACAGCGUCAACUUCGACGAGCGCUUUCCGGAAUACGGCACGGAGAGCGGCUACCACGCCGGGGACGAAGGCACGGCGACGUCGCCGGUGGCCAUGUGGCUCGACGGCCUCGAUUGCGUGCUCGACGAGCUGCCCGAAUCGCUCCUGCAGCAGGUCGACGCCAUUUCCUUCAGCGGCCAGCAGCACGGCGCCGUGUAUUGGUCUUCCGAGGCGGCACGAUUACUGAAGGGCCCUCAGAAGGGCGAAGAUAUCGAGUUCGUCGAGAGUGAGCUCACGACGAAGCACCGCAUGAAAUCGGUGAGGGGCCUGCGCGGCGGCCUGCGGGAGCGCUUAGUGCCCGGUGCCUUCGCCCUGGCAGAUGCGCCGAUCUGGGCCGACGCUUCUACGCAGGAGCAGUGCGACGCGCUCGAGGACGCGCUCGGCGGGCCCGAUGAAGUUGCCAAAAGGACGGGGUCGCGCGCGUACGCGCGGUUUACAGCGAACCAGAUGGCCGCGGUGGCGUAUCGAGAUCAAGAGGCCUGGGCGCGGACGGCGGAAGUUUCAUUGGUGUCGGCCUUCGGGCCGUCGGUGCUGUGCGGUCACGUCACGCCCGUGGACGCGUCGGACUCGACGGGCACGAACGUGGGCAUGUUGCACGACCGCAAGUGGGGCACGCGAUGCACGGAGGCCUAUGGGGCGAUGCCGGGCGUCGGCGGCGCCGAAGAGUUUAGAAAAAGGCUGGGCGCGGCGCCCGUCGCCCCCGGCACGGAGGUGGGCAGGGUCGCGCCCUGGGUCUGCCGGCGGUUCGGAUUUCGAGGCUCGGGCCGGACCAUAUCGCAACCACCACCCUCUGUGUUUGUCGGAGCCGGCGACAACCCGUCGACGGCGGCCGGUUUAGGUCUCGCGGCGCCGGGCGACGUCGCUUUGUCUUUAGGUACGUCUGAUACCUUCAUGGCCGUGUCUCGGGAAGCCAGCCCGCGCUUAGAGGGCCACGUGUUUGCGAGCUGCACUCAACCGGGCGAGUUCCUGGCCCUACUGUGCUACGCGAACGGCGGUCCGAGUCGAGAACGUAUCAAGAGGGACCUGCUGGGCCCCAAGGCCUCGUGGGAUGAAUUUGGGAGAGCUUUGAAACGGGCCCCGCCCGGGAACGGCGGUAUCCUCGGCCUCGAGCUGGCCAACGCGGAGAUCACGCCCGUCAUAUCCCGGACGGGCCGGUUCUUCGUGGAUCAAGGCGAUCGCGUUUUGAGAUUAGGCGACGGUCAGGCCGACCCCUCGUCGAUCGCCUGCCGCGCGGUCGUGGAAGGGAGGUUCCUCUCGAUGCGCGGGCGCGGCGCGGCGUUGGGCGUGGAUGCUAGUGAAGGCCGCGUCCUGGCGGCCGGCGGCGCCGCGAAGUCGCCGGAGAUCGUCCAGGUCGCCGCCGACGUGCUGGGCGCGCCGGUCUACGCCGCGGACGUGCCCGACGCGGCCGCGCUCGGGGCGGCGUUCCGCGCGGCCCACGGCGCCGCGGGCGCGGGCGCGUCUUUCGAUGCGUUCCUGUCGUCGCACGGCGCCGGCGCGUCGUCCCUCGACGUCGUCGCGCGGCCGCGCCACGCGGAGCUAUACACGCCCGACGUCGUGGCGCGGUAUUUGAGGCUUGAAGAUGACGUGGCGCGGGGUAAAUGGGGGUAGUUGA